AUGCUAGAAGAAAACGAACCAACUCAAAGAACUGAAGCAGAUGAAGUGACUGGAAAAAAAGCUCAAAGGAAGAAAAAAGGUGGUAAAGGAUUACCAGCAACGAAAGGAAUUCCAAACGAAAAGAGGCUGGUUUUACGAGAACUAAUUAAGAAACACUUAUUGGCUGGCUCAGCACGAAUGGAAUACGAAUUGCCAGACUUGCAUCAGCUGCUAACAAUGGCAAAAGCAUCUUUUCAAAAAUCUCCAACUCUGAUCGAAGUUCCAUGUCCUGUGAAUAUUUGUGGAGAUAUUCAUGGCCAGUACGGGGAUUUAAUGCGUAUUUUUGCUGUAAGUAUUUCUAUUAUUCAAUAA